UUAUCUUAGUGAACGUACCUAUCCAGAGAAACCUGUGCAAGUGUGUUUACAAAUUUUUUAAUUAAUUUACAAAUAAGUUUGGGAAAUGAUACGUCUUAGGCAAUUAACUCGAAUUUCUGUAAAUAAAUAUGCUUCAGCAGAGUUUUUACAGCGUAAUAUUCUAGUGUGCAACAAUACUAAUGCCUUCAAUAAUGGAUGGAAGGUAUGGACACAGAACUAUAGGAAAUGCAGUACAUCUGGAACAAAUGUAGUUAAUAAUAAUCAUGAGAGAUCGGAUAGCAAUAUAUUGAAGCGUGUUUUGAACAAAGUGGGCUUCGCACCGAAUACAAAAACGCGCUUAAGGGUGGCCAGUCACAUGUUGUACGAAAGUGUUGCUGAUAAAAUAAACUAUUUAAGUUUUUUUAAAGCUUUUGAUAUGCCCAACACAUUCAACUCAUGGUUUCUGGUUACUGAAUUACAUGUAUGGAUGCUACUUGUGCGAGCUAUGGCUGAGGGUUCGGAAUCUGGAGAAAAUGGUCGUUUUAUUCGAAACUGUAUUGUUGAAGUUAUGUGGGGCGAUGUAAAUACGCGUGCUAAGAAACUAGGCGCACAUAACCCAUCGAGAACGCGACAACAAAUAGAAAUCCUUUCGGAACAAUUUCAGGCCGCAUUAAUUGCUUACGACGAAGGCAUUAUGUCAGAUGAUCGAGUAUUAUCUGGCGCUUUAUGGCGUCGGUUCUUUGCCAUGAACUGUAAUGACGUCGUAAAGAUUGAACGUCUAGUGAAGUAUGUAAGAGAACAAAUUGUUUCUCUGGACCAGCUAUCGCCUGAUGAGUUUCUACAAAAACCAAAAAUAUCGUGGAUUGAUCUGGAUAAAGUAUCUGUUUAGCUGCCAUUAAUAUUAGACUAGCUAUUUCUGGUUUUUUGUAAAUGAAUUAUGACUCUAUUGUAAUGCUUGUGCGUAUUUAAGUAUAUGCGUUUGGGAAUAUAAAUAUAGGCUGGUAAAUAAUUUAUAUUAA